AUGGAAAUAAGAUCACAACCAUACGAAAAGAUCAAACAGAGUAGGAACGGAAAGUGGCUAGGAGAGAAGUGGAAGUGCAGCAUCCGCCAAAACGACCCAAAUUCAGAGGUGUUCUCCCGAAGGGUGAGGAGCGCAAUCAUAACUACAAUGGGUGAUGUGCAAGUACAGCAGUGCACUAUUCAAGAGUCAUUCCUUCAACCAUGUCCAAGUUGA